AUGUCAACUCCAAAUACUGUGAUUAUCAUUGGCGGUGGAUUAGCUGGGCUUUCGGCUGCUAUUGAAGCCCAUGCUAAUGGUGCGCGUGUCAUACUUCUCGAAAAAGAGGCUCGCAUAGGUGGUAAUUCGAUCAAGGCAUCAUCUGGUAUCAAUACUGUUGAGCCAUUAAACAACGACACUGUUGAGCUGUUUGAAGAGGAUAGCAUAAUAUCUGGAGGUGGUCUUUCGGACCCAACGCUGGUACAUAAGCUGGUGACCGAAAGCCAGGAUGCUGUGAAGUGGUUGAUUGAACAGAGUAAAGAUAGCCUUGAUCUUUCGUUGGUGUCAAGAUGCGGCGGCCAUCGAGUCGGAAGAACCCAUCGCUGUAAGCCUGGAGAGAACGGACGACCGGUACCCGUUGGAUGGGCAAUUAUUGAGACACUCAAGAAACGCCUGGAUGGAGUUGAAGUCAAGACAGGAACACGAGUAUUGGAGAUCCUGAAAAACGCAUCGGGUCGAGUAACCGGUGUACGCGUGAUUACAGACGGAGAGGAGGAAGAGAUAGACGCGGAGGCAGUUAUCCUGGCGAGUGGUGGUUUUGGCGGUCAGACGGGCGAGUUGCAGGGGGAUGGCAAGGAGAGCCUGUUGCAUCAUUAUGCACCCCAGCUGGUUAACCUAGCAACAACUAACGGGCCAUGGGCUAAUGGUGAUGGUGUCCGCCUUGGUCUUGCCGCAGGCGCUAAGCUCAAAGAUAUGGACCAAGUGCAAAUCCACCCGACAGGUUUCAUCGAUCCUUCAAACCCAAGCGCACCCACAAAAUUCCUGGCUCCUGAGGCUCUAAGAGCCUAUGGUGCCAUACUUCUCGAUGGUGAAGGUCAUCGUUUUGUAGACGAGCUCGGCAGACGAGAUGAGGUCAGUAAGGCUUUCUUUGAGCACCCUAAUCACCCAACACCUGAAGGCUGGAUGUCCAAGUCCCUUUCUGCGGCCACCGAUGCAGACAAACAUACAUCUGCUUCUACAGCUACAGCUACAGAUACAGCUACAUCUGCUUCUACAUCUACAUAUACAUCUGAUUCUAGAUCUGCGGUAGCGUACCUUGUGAUGCCUCAACAGGCAGUCGAGAACUUUGGCGAGGGCACUUUGGGCUUCUACCUUCAAAAGGGAUUCUUUGUAAAGGCUGCUGGUACAGCUGGGCUCGCCAAAUUGCUGGCUGUUUCGCAAGAAGCUUUGGAAGAGGAGUUGGGACAAUAUGAUAGCCACCAGGAUCCAGAAAAGACGGUUUUUCCAUGCGAUCUGAUGCCAUCCAAAGACAUCCUGUAUUGGGUGGCUCUAGUGACUCCUUGUGUGCAUUACACCAUGGGAGGACUAACUAUCGACAGUGAAGCUCGAGUGUUGGAGUCUUCAGGAAAGCCGAUUACUGGUCUCUAUGCGGCAGGCGAGGUAGCUGCGGGAGUGCAUGGAAAGAAUCGACUGGCGGGUAACUCCUUGUUGGAGUGUGUUGUGUAUGGCAGAACAGCAGGCAGAACAGCGGCAACAUCUUAUUUGAGCCUGGAUUGA